AUGACAGCAACAAACAACAACAGCAACUUUAUCGUUUCUGAUGAAAAUAUCAUUGAUUCAUUAGCUGAGGAAUUAGUUGUGACAGAAACUAAAACCCUCAACGAAAGAAUUGGUGAAAACAAGAUUGAUUUACAUAACUACCUCAAACACGAUGGAGGAAGAGGAAGGAAAACUGGUAUGGCUUUAUUAGUAAAUAAAAUUUCAAAUUUAACGAUUAUAGAUGUUGAUAUCAAUAAAUCAUACAAUGAUGAACUUAAAGAAACAGUUAGAAAAGAUAUUUUAUCAAAACUUUCGGAUAAAGAUGUUAUCGUUAAAACCGCUUCAGGAGGUCUUCACAUUUAUUGUAACACUAAUUUCUUCUAUUCAGUUUCGAACAGAAUGAUUAAAUGCUAUUCCUGCAAUGAUUACGAUAUUGAUAUCAUGACUUCUAUGGAUGA